UGAUGUGAGUAGUGUUGAGUCGCCAUCGUCGAGCGAUGUGUCAGAUGACGAGCCUGACAAUGAUCAAGAAUGGACCAACAAUUUCACAAAUUUCCGGGUAAGCACGGGUCGGCAAAAUAAUUAUGUCGUAGUUUAGAGUGAUUUUUUUUUCAGACUUCAAUCGCGCUCUGCAGCAAUUAAUCCUUAUUUGUUUGCACAGAUAUAUCUGAACAAAAAUACAAUAGAUGCAUGUAACCUCCCAAUGUCAAGGUCACAGCUACAAAAAAAAAAAAAAAAAAAAAAGCCUGAAAAAUGUGUAGCUAAAGUUACGCAGGUCAUUUUCUGUGACCGAGUGCCAGAGUGUGGACCGUGAAAUUGUUCUCUCACACAGGUGUCUGUUAUAAAUUAUUGAAAAAAAAAGCAAGAUAUAUCUAUUUUCUGUUUAGAACCGAAAUAAAUAUACAUGUUUUUCAAAAUAAAUAUACAUGUUUAUCAUUUUUUCUUUACAGACUGCUGAUUUCCGGGGACAGACAGGUCCAAGACUGCCCGAUAACUUUGAUGUUCAGACCGCCUCUGCUUUGGACUUCUUCUAUCUGCUGUUCCGCCCAGCAAUGUUCGCAGAUAUGGCAAGGCACACAAACAAUUACGCACGUUGGAAGGCAACGCAGGACCAACCAGAUGACAAGUGGGUGGAAACGAAUGAAAACGAAAUGAAGGCUUUCAUCGGAAUCAAUGUUAUAAUGGGUAUAAACGCUUUGCCAGAACUGGACAUGUAUUGGUCGUCAAAUCCGUUGGAUGGAAACUCAGCAAUACAAAACAUUAUGACUUGUAACCGCUUUCAGAAACUGUCCCAAUAUUUUCAGGUAUCUGACCGAGCUACAGAACCUCCUCGUGGAAGCCAGAAUUAUGACCGCCUGUAUAAAGUGAAACCUGUGAUUCAACACGUGUCAGAAACAUUCCUAAUGUCAUACGAUCUUUCACAGCAAGCAGCAGUAGAUGAAGCGAUGAUCAAGUUUACGGGGAAACUAUCAUUCAGACAAUAUAUGCCGGCUAAGCCAAUAAAACGUGGGAUAAAAAUAUGGAUGUUGUGUGACUCAAAUAGUGCAUAUUUGUCAAAAUUUGAGGUGUACUUAGGGCGAAACACAUACAAUGGUGAAAAUGGACUAGGCUACAAUGUUGUAACGAAACUUACGGACCAUCUUAGGCUUACCCAUAGACAUAUUUUUUUCGAUAACUUUUUUACAAGUGUGCCGUUGAUGAAACAGUUACUUGAUAAUGGACUUUAUGCUUGUGGAACAGUUAGAACGAAUUGUGUAGGCUUCCCGGCAGAACUGAAAAAGCCGAACAACGUCAAGAACAGAGGUGAAUUCAAAGUGCUUCAAAAAGGGGACACUCCAUUGACAGCUUCUGUCUGGAAGGACAAAAAACAUGUACACCACCUUUCGACACUGAGUCAGCCCGACGAAACACCGCUUGCUACCCGCCGUGCAGGAGCUGAUGUGCUUCAGCUGAGACAACCCCACAGUGUUUCGGCAUACAACAGGUUUAUGGGUGGGGUUGAUCUUCAUGACCAACUACGCAUGAAAUAUGAUGUCGGCAGGAACUCCAAAAAAUGGUGGAAGUAUUUAUUUUGGUUUCUUUUGAACUGUUCCAUUGUGAACAGCUUCAUAAUGUUCAAAAUGGUAUCAAGACGCAUAAACAAGAGGAAACGUAUUAACCAUCUGGAUUUUCGCUUGGAACUUGUGCGAGAUCUAAUCGGAGGUUACUCCAAGAGGAAACGAAGUGGAAUUGUACUCGAUUAUCCAGGCCUAGUUGAUGUCCAGAACAUUCAUGGACAUGUAAAUGGACGAUUGCCUGGUCCAAAGAGACGUUGCCAGUAUCACAUGAAGCAGCUGAACGCAAGGCGCGAGACAGUUUAUGGAUGUACAGUUUGUAAUGUCCAUUUAUGCAAGGAAGGGUGCCAUCACCGGUACCAUAACCAGUAAAACUGUGUGAAUAUCUGUGAUAAUGAGUGUGUUAAUUUUUUGGGUAGAAAAUAACAUGACUGCUGGAAUUUCUAAGUGCAGAAUCAUGCUCAUCUUGGAUUAUGACAGUGGAUAAUAAUUUAUACUGGAUAUAUAAGUGUGUAAAUAGUGUAAAAUAUUUAUUUAGCAGAAGAACAUGUUAGGUAUUGAAAGCUUGUGUCUUUGAGGAUUAUCACGGAAAACUAUGUACUUUUUGCAGAUAAAGAAUGUUCAAAGUGUUCGUCUUGGAUUAUGACAGUGGAUAAUAAUUUAUACUGGAUAUAUAUUAGUGUGUAAAUAUGUGUAAAUAGUGUAUAAUAUUUAUUUGGCAGAAGAACAUGUUAGGUAUUGAAUGCCAUUUUAUUUUUUUGUGGAUUUAGAAUAAUGCGAUUUUAGGUAAAAAAGGUAACGAUGUCCAAUUUUCUGACCAAUUCAAGUUAGUACACUAGAACUUUUUCGGUGCUUGAUAUCCAUUUGACAAAUUUUUUUUUACAAAUAUUUCAUUUUCAAUAAUUGCAAGCAAACAAUUAUCAUUCUUUACCCUUAGUAAAUGGAUAGUUCAACAGGAUCAGAGUAACUUGAGCAAGAAUGUAUAUACUUGUUUUAUAUCAACCAUAUAUGUGUUAUUUUGUUCAAUUUUGACAGAUUUCUGCAUUGUUUCUUGAAUAUAAUUCUUAGAUAAAUAAAUGUUAAUAAAUGUGAAAAAUAUUUCAUUUAUUUGCCAUGAAAUUAUAUAAAUAAUAACACAGAAAAUAAAAUUAUUAGAACAUUUUUAUGUUUGUUUCACUUCAAACUGCCAUUUUG